CACAAAUAACGUAACAAAAACAAUCAAAACAUCCGGAACUUGGGGGAAAUUUAGGAUAAACAAAUUUUAUUACUGGAUUUUCCUUCUCUGGCGGUUCCCACGGAGUACACGGAGCGAAGCACGAUGGAGCACGGUGGAAGCCGGUUGCAAAGGUUCAUGGUUGGGAAAGGGGAAGGGGAAGACGAGGGCGAUGAGAAGGACGCGGCACACAUGCUGCUCAGACCGGAGCUCUACGACGAGGAGUUGGCCCUGGAGCGGGAAGAACAGGAGCUCGAGGAGCGGAACCUGCAGAGCGCGAACUGCCUAGGCGGACUCGCCUCCUUCAUCUGCAGACACUGCCCGGAGGUGUUCUUCAGCAAGAGGGAACUGGCCGCCCAUCGCCCCGUUCACCGGCUUAAGCGGGAGCAGGCGAAGUCCGGCUCGGAGCUGACCUGCGAGGCCUGUGGAAAGGUCUUCCAGAGGCGCAACGCCCUCGUGGACCACGUGAAUGCCCACAACAGCGAGCGAAACUACCCGUGCCCGGAGUGCCCGGCUCGCUUUGUACAGCGCAGCAACCGGGACUGCCACGUGCGGAACACCCACCGGAAGGAGUACCUGCACUCCUGCCCGGAACCGGGCUGCGAGCGGCGUUUCCAGCAGAAGCGGGAACGGAACCAGCAUGUGAAGUCGGUGCACCGCAAGGAGCGGAACUUUGUUUGCGAUACCUGCAGCGCCAGUUUCAGUCAUCCCGUCAACUACAGGAAGCACCUGUCUUCCCACGGCUCUGAGAAGAACUACGCUUGUCGCAUUUGUGGUAAGCUCUUCGGACGCGCCGAGAACCGGGAUGUUCACCUCUUUGUGCACAGUAUUUGUAAGGCGUAUGCCUGCUGCGUCUGCGGGGCAGACUAUAUGCGCCGCAGCCAGUUGAUUCGCCAUUGUUCAGAGACAGGUCACCUGAACGAGCCAAUUGUCCGGCAGAAACCCCAGUUCAGUCCGGCCCUUGCCUACAGACCCGAUGCCGGGGAUCCGGGAAAGAACGCUGCCUGUCCUGCGGAUGUGGAGUGGUUGCAGGAAGAGGAGGCGGAUGCGUUUCAAUGGCCAGAAGGGGAGGACCCUGUCCUCCCAGAAGAACUGGGGGACUCGCAGGGAGAUCAGCGGAUUACAGAGGACGAAGAGGAGUUGUCUGAUCACAUCCCCAUUAUUCACGAGGGCAUCGCGCCAAUGUCAAUUAAGGUGCAUAGUCAAAAAUGUAAGAUCUGAUCAGGUUAGUUUGUAUCGAAUAUUUAGGUAUAACAUACAUAUAGAGAAAAUAAGAGGUUGAGAUCAAACAUUUUGUUAAAGAAUGAAUCAAACUUGAACUGAAGUUAGGAUUACUGGAGAUAUUACGAAGUCAUAAUGUAGAAACCACUGAAAAUUAAUGUUAUGAAGACAGAGUGAAGAAUACAAAAGUUUGAUUUAACUAAGCCUUAGAUUACUUUAAAACGCGAUAAAUGAAAGGCUGGACUUAAAGUUAAGAUUUUCAACUGAUAAAGUAGCAGCAAAACAAACCGCAUGUAAAACAUGAACCGAAAGCGUGGGUCAAAAUCAAAACAAAAAAGAAACGAAUGAAAAGUGAAUGUCGCUGCUGCGUUGCACUUUAAUAAAAAAUGCGAAAUGAAA